CAUUGCACCUUUUUAUAACCUCUACAAUUAACGUGUCUAUAUAUAUACACACACACACACACAGUGCCACUAUCAAAUUCUUCAUACAACAACACUUGACAAUUAAACAAUGGCUUCCUCUGGUUCUCUUGGCCUACUAAUUUCCUUGUUAGUUAGCGUUUCGAUCAUCAACUUUUCAGUUGCUGGCAACUUCGACCAAGAAUUUGACAUAAUUUGGGGAGACGGGCGUGGUAAGAUACUUAACAAUGGUCAAAUUUUAACACUUUUGCUUGACAGGGCCUCUGGUUCUGGCUUCCGAUCCAAGAACGAGUAUCUAUUUGGCAGAAUCGACAUGCAACUUAAGCUUGUUCCUGGCAACUCUGCCGGCACCGUCACAGCCUAUUAUAUGCGAUCAGAAGGAGCAACAUGGGAUGAGAUCGACUUUGAAUUUCUAGGAAACGUAACUGGCCAGCCUUACACUGUUCACACCAAUGUUUACAGCCAAGGCAAAGGUGACAGGGAGCAGCAGUUCCACUUAUGGUUCGAUCCAACCGCAGAUUUCCACACCUAUUCCGUUAUUUGGAAUCCCCAACGCAUCAUAUACUUGGUAGAUGGCACUCCUUUAAGAGAGUUCAAGAAUUUGGAGUCAAUUGGCGUUCCGUUCCCAAAGAACCAAGCCAUGAGAAUACACUCGAGUCUGUGGAACGCGGACGAUUGGGCGACAAGAGGUGGGCUUGUCAAGACAGACUGGUCGCAAGCUCCCUUCACUGCCUCCUACAGGAAUUUCAUUGCAGAUGCUUGUGUUUGGUCUAAUGGUAGAUCUUCUUGCCCUGCAAAUUCGUUAUCCCGAAAUGCGUGGUUCGCGCACCAAGUGGACGGGACGAACCUGCAGAGGCUCAGAUGGGUGCAGCAGAAUUACAUGAUUUAUAAUUACUGUACCGACUUGAAGCGAUUUCCUCAAGGUGUUCCUAAAGAAUGUGCCUGGCAGUGACUCCUCUGUAUAUAUGUAUAGUCUAUUAAUCCUACCUUGUAAUAUAAUGGGCAGUUGUUUUUUAAUUUUAUAUAUUUACGUGUUGUUGCCUAGAAUGUAGAAAAGAAAAAUGUUGCUAGGCUUAUAUGUAACAAUAAAUAAAAAUGGAAAAUAUGUUCUUAGUAAA